AAAAAAAAACAAGGGAGGGGACCUGAGGGGGAACGGUAGCUGUUGGGAGGGGGAGCGGGAAAGUAAUUCUUCAAAAAAGAAAAGUCAGUCUUCUCUCUCCAGUCUGUGGAAAAUCCAAGGGGGACGUUGACAAGAGGGUAUUUUUAGGAAACGCUUCCAAAUAUACAGGGUAAGAGUGAAUGUGAGGAAAAAAAAAAAGUUGUGGGUUGUAGAAGUUAUCAAGUGGGAUUUGCGGCGCUCUCUGCAGGAAACGCAAGCGGCUCCAGUUCAAAGCCACAUGCACCAACGUGACAUAUAAGCCAUUAAAAUAUCAUCCUGACGGCUCAUUUCUGCUUCAUCAUACAUUCCCUAACUGCUUCCCGAAAGCUGGAAAAGGAGAAAUGAAGGAUGACCGCCUCGCUGGAACCACAAAAGAGAGGCUUGGAGGGGUUUGUGGUUCCCCCUCGGCCACCCCAAAGUGAUGUGCAGAAAUGAGGCGAUCCUGGCAACAGGUGGAGCAGGGCUUAAAGUCAGAAAAUGAGAUACAAGACUUCCUUGGUGAUGAGGAAAAGAUUACGGCUUUAUCGAAACUCCCUGAAAGAGUCUAGUAGCAGCUCCGGACACCAUGGCCCCCAGCUUGCUGCCGCCUCCAGCCCCUCGGUGUUCCCGGGCCUUCCAGAGCAGCCGCCCCAGGCCUCCCCCAGCGGCACUUUGAACGGACUCCUGCGUCUGGGGUUCCCUGGAGACAUGUAUGCGCGACCGGAAUCCUUUGCGCCGGGGCCCGUGGCCCGCAGCGACGCCCUGGCAGCUGCCGCGGCCCUGCACGGCUACGGGGGCAUGAACCUGACCGUGAACCUCGCCGCGCCCCACGGUCCCGGCGCCUUCUUCCGCUACAUGCGCCAGCCGAUCAAACAGGAACUCAUCUGCAAGUGGCUGGCAGCGGAUAGCCCUGCGCCCCCGCGCCUCUGCUCCAAAACUUUCAGCACCAUGCACGAGCUGGUCACGCACGUCACCGUGGAACACGUCGGCGGCCCGGAGCAGGCCAACCACAUCUGCUUCUGGGAGGAGUGUCCGCGCCAGGGCAAGCCCUUUAAAGCCAAAUACAAACUUGUAAAUCACAUCCGCGUGCACACGGGCGAGAAGCCCUUCCCCUGUCCUUUCCCGGGGUGUGGGAAGGUCUUUGCUAGAUCAGAAAAUCUCAAAAUACACAAAAGAACUCACACAGGGGAGAAGCCUUUCAGGUGCGAGUUCGAGGGCUGCGAGAGGCGCUUCGCCAACAGCAGCGAUCGCAAGAAGCACUCGCACGUGCACACGAGCGACAAGCCAUACACGUGCAAAGUGCGCGGCUGUGACAAGUGCUACACGCACCCCAGCUCGCUGCGUAAGCACAUGAAGGUGCACGGGCGCUCACCGCCGCCGCCUAGCUCUGGCUACGACUCGGCCACGCCGUCUGCCCUCGUGUCGCCCUCGUCGGACUUCGGCCGCGAGCCCCCGGUGGCCUCCUCGGCGGCGGUGGUGGCGCGUGGCGCGGACCUGAGCGAAUGAUGUCCACCGCGUUGCUCGCAAGGUAAUCUCGCCCAACGCAGCUGAGCGCCCGCAUCUAGCGCCUGCGACAUCAAAGGGUCCGCGCACAAAGCAAUGUUUCUUCGCCACGGUGCAUCUUCAUGGUAAGUUAGGAUUUCUAUGGCAAUGGGCAAGUUGCACUGAAAUCCUGAAAGGCCGAGCCUGGAGCCCGUCCAGGCUUUUCAUUAAGGACAUAAUAUUUACGUCUAACAGGCCUUUUUUCUUGUGUAUACAAGUAUAUAUUUUUGUUUGACGCGGACUAAAUCAUUUUCAUUUAAUUUCCGGUAAACAAAACCCACGCGAAUGGGCACUUGUUCCCGAUCAUAAUAAAAAUGGAUAAUAAUGUGAGGGAAGAAAAGGGCCGCUUGAAUCGCCGCUCAGCCCCCUUUGUUUCUGCUUUCUGCGGUGAUCAGAGGGCGCAUUUGGGUUUGAUGGCGAGUUUCUAAAGGCGAGGAAAUGGUUUGUAAGAGGGGAAAGAAAAGGAGAAAGGUCUAAUCAAGCUCGGGUUGUUCAAAGAGUCGGGUUUUGGGGUUGAAAGUGUGAGUUUGACGGUGCAUCAGCAUGCCGCGUUAGGCUCGCCAUGGAAAUGCGCGCGGGGAGCGGCCGCUUCAAAGGCGGCACACUUCACUGCAGACACUCUAUUAAGAUACAUUUGCGCUGACCUUUGCUUUCACGCCAUUUAAUACUGUCACUGCGUUCUCCAGUAUAUACUUCCUCUUUGGGACCAGCCUCGCCCCCGUUUAGGGGUUCACCUCACACUCCUGUGGGGAGGGGUUGCUUUGGUGCCUGGGUCGCAUUCAGGAAAGGGAGGAGCCGGACUCCGUACAUCUUGCCUGCGCCCCAAAGAAGCUCCAGGGUCAAGAGUAAAUAACUUUAGGGCAAUCUCAGAAGCUUAACAAAUGAGCAUCCCCAGCUCAAUUUUGUGCAAAGCGCCUCUCUGCAACUUGAGCAGGAUGGAGGCCUGAAUUUGAAAGGGACUUGUGGAGGGGGCACCCUGGAUGAAUCUGCAGAGUUCAGACUGUGCCUUUAGGACAUUUCCACUCCAGCCCCCAGAACAGCCCAUUCUGCCCCUCUAUCCCAGAAGUCUCUUGCAGCCCCCCCUUCCCCAACACACACUUGUUUCUCCCUAGCAUGGGGUAUAGGAUACCCUUCAGGCCUACUCUGGCCCUGGGCAUGAACUCAAGAGCCCAAGGCCAAGGGGAUAGGGAAGAUGGCAGGAAAGUUAGAAGUCCAUGUUCCCUUAAUUGUCUUGUUGUUUAUUUUAUCCAAGUACCCCAGUGAAUAGGGGAAAAAUAAACACGGUGAAAAAAAAAUCAAACAGUAGAGUCUUCUUUAGUGCCAGUCCUUGUGGUUGAAUAAAAAGGAUGGUCCGCUUUCUAUUGAGCUGAGAAAUCUUUGAAGUGGGAGUUAUUAUCUGAGACAUUCCUGCUUGUCGUCCUAACAACGCUGAUGAAACGUAAAAGGUUCUUUGUCAGCGAUUUGUUCUCCUCUCUGUCAAACUCCCUCUGCCCGGUUAGUUUCAAACCGUUUCUAAAGAGAUAAAAUCAAACUUCUUUAAAAAAAAAAAAUACAUGCACAGUACACCAACUGAUAACUUUAGGACUAAGUCCUACUAAGGAAAAAACAAAAGCGACACAGACACAUCAGGUCCAAGGUCUGUGAAGGUGCACAGAUGUUGAGGGGCCCUUUACACUGGCUCUGGGACAUGGGGGAAAGAAUGCAGAGAAGGUGUAGGCAGAGGGUACAUACCCCAAGCGCACAACUGUGUUCCUGCUUCUCACUGCACUGGCCUGCACUCAUCAGUCCCAAUCGGGGAACUUGAAUGAGCCUCCUUUGGGGGACUCCUUAAACUCCCAAUAUUCUUGCCAAGGAUCCUUGGAACCUAAGGCUGCAGCCAAGCAAUUGUUAAUAUUUCCUGACCCUUCAAAGACAAUCCUCUUAAAAAUAGACCCAUUGUGUGUUCUUCCCACUAGCAGCAAGCAAUCAGCAAGCCCUUUCUGCCAUUAACACAAAGUAGAGGGGCUUGAGGGAGAGACGUUUUUAUAAUUUCCCAGAAUCUUGGCAAUUGGAGUUAAGAAAGUUCAGUUUACAAGAUAGUGUCCCCAAAGUGCAUGCAAAUACCCACCCCUCCCAACCACAUAUGCAGUUCUUCAUUUAAAAUUGUGCCCUGGAAAGAAAAUUUCACCCUGUCCGGCUUUCCCCAAACCUCCCGAUGUGGUUUUAAAGGUGGUUUAAAUAAACAAGGGUGUACCGGCCUCCCCACUCUGUGUGUGCUGAAUAAAUGAUUUGUAAAGAAGUUUCCUCAAGCUGUAACCCAUGCUGUUAUUAUAGUUGCUGCAAAAUGUUGUCUCUUAUAUUGAUUUUUAUUUGUUUACUGGAGGUCCCCAUAUGUUUGUUUAUAUUGCUAAUUUAUGGGAAAAUGUAAUGAUUGCAAUGAAUGUGAAUUAUACAGACAGGCAAAUGUUUUGUAAUCAUAAAUUCACACACACACACACACACACGCACACACAAAGCUUGACUGAAACCUUAGACUAUUUGGUACAUCUCCACCCACACUGUUUGUGAUUUAUCAGCUCUCCCCUUAGAUCCUUAAAUUAUGAACUAACCUGAAAGGAAAAAAAAAAAAGUUGUUUUGUAUUUGAUUGAAAGUGAUUGUUCAGUGAAAAACAUAGUUGAAAGCUGUGGCUUUAAUCUUGCUGUAAAUAUGUAAAAAUGAAUUAAAAUCUGUGUUUCUUUUUCCCUCCAAAGAGCGUUGUGUACAAGGAGCUCCAUUUUGCUGUUUUCUUUGGUAAUAAAUGUUGUGAUG